AUGGACAACCAGGAUGCAGCGUGGGGAGGACGACCUUGCGAGUUUCAGCUGCCGAACGGCUGGGCCGUUCAAGAACCAGCAACUGCUGAAGCUUGGUCUCCUGCUGCUGGCCUCCCUGUGUCCAUGGACCAUAUCGACAUGUUUGGUACCUGCAGCCUACCAGCAUAUGUGCCUCAAUCUUGCUUAGGGCAGCAACUGGUUGAGUACUACUAUGCUCCACCCCCACAGCCUAACUGGCCCGUUGCAGAGGUGCCGACGAUUGAUGUGCAGAAUUCGCAGGUGGUUGUUGAUUUACAGAAUGAAGAAACUCAUACUAAGAAGGUCUCCGACGACAGUCGUGUUUGUGGUGUGUUCAACCAAGUAUCGCACGAGUUUGAGGCUGAUAUGGACAUCACCAAACAAAAGAUGCACAAAUACCCUGCAAGCCUGCUUGGAGCUCUCCAUGAAUCUUACACCGUGCCGAGGGUUGUGGCCAUCGGCCCGUACCACCACAACCGAGACCACCUCAAGCAGGCGGAGAAGGUGAAGCACAUGGCUGCCAUUCGAUGCGUCAUCGAAUCUGGACACUUAUUGGAGGAGGUGUACUCCGCGGUUGUCUCCUCUGCAGACCACGUCCGCCGCCUCGGCCUCUACGACAAGGAUGUGAUGAAAGGUAUCGGCUAUGACGAAUUCCGACACAUGAUGUUCUUUGACGCUUGCUUCUUGGUGCAGUACAUGCGUUUCAGCACUGACAUUGCAAUAGAUGAGAGCUUGCGUGGUUUCUUCGGCCCUAACCGCCGCGACAUCCACCAUGAUCUCAUUCUUCUCGAGAACCAGCUUCCCUGGAAGGUGGUGGAGGCGGUCCUGAGAUUCAUGCCCGACGUGAGCUUGGGGCGCUUCCUCUCCACAUGGAAAUUCUAUGUACAGCACCAUAGGAAACCCAAAGAAGAAGAGGAUUCUCAUGUGUCAGCUUUGAUUAAAGACAAGACAUUCAAACCGCAUCUCCUUGGCCUCCUCCGAUACUACACUGUAGGGAGAAGCAGGGACACUAACAGUCCCAACCAGCAGAAGCCCAAGAACCGGUCAAUUUCCAUCAGUGCCAUUGAGCUCGCGGAGAUCGGCAUCUGGCUCACAGCCAACAAGACGACGAAGCUCAUUGACAUGGGCCUCGUCCAGGAAGGGAGCUUCUUCGCCGAGCUCUCCCUGGCGCCACUGUCUCGGGACCGUAACCGUGCAAGCUACCUCCUCAACAUGGCGGCUCUCGAGCUGUGCACGAUAAAAAGGUUUGGGAGAGCGCAAGUCGAAGACUCUGCUGUCUGCUCCUACCUCCAGCUCCUGGCAUUGUUGGUAACUAGGGUGGAGGACGUGCAGGAGCUACGGGCGAGCGGUCUCCUGCAGGGAGGAGGAGGGCUCACCGACGAUCAGGCGUUCCGCUUCUUGACCAGUUUCCAGGGUCUGCGUUUCGGAAAAUGCUACAACCGUGUCAUGGAACAGAUCGAGAUUUACAAGGAGAACACGCCGAUGGGGACCAAGUUGUACGCGUUUCUUUACAACAACAAGAAAACCAUCGCGGCGGUUUUCGGCGUCGUUGUUGCACUUUUCGGUAUCAUAGGGACACUCGUGUCGGUCAAGAAAGCCAUUUGA